AUGAUCCCAGCCAUUGCAAUGAUUCUUACAAAGGUAGUCGAGAGAAAGCUCAGUGGAGCGCCCACAUCUCUAUAUUUGACCGAAAGUAAAAUAUAUGUAAGCCUUAAAAAGAAAUAUGUAAUUGAAACAGGAUACAAUGCUCUGAAGCUUAGAAGAAUACCUGUGAAAGAAAAUAUCAGAGUAAUGGUUGGAUGUGAAGAAAACAUUUUUCUUUUUUCAGAUAAAGGAGGUUUUUAUAUCUUUUUACAUGAAGGCAAUAUUAGAAAUGGUUCCACAUUUGGAAAAAAGAUUAUCAACACAGGGCUCUACAAUCAAUCUUCUGGGCAUAUAGUUAUUGGUACAAACAAAGGAAAGAUCCUAGUACUUACUCAGAACUUUGAAGUAUGGAAGACAUUCUAUGAAACUCCAUCAGGUGUUAUAGAUCUCUCUAUAUCCGGCUUGGGAAAAAUAGCCUGCAUUUAUGAGAUUGAUCCGACUGUAAGGAUAUUUGAUUUGAAGCAUUCUGAGGUCAAAAGCAUAAAGAUACCCAGUGGGUUUCCUCAAGCAGUUGCAUUUGUCAACGGUACUCAUUUAGCGAUUGGAAAUGAUGCAGGAGAGAUCCAUCUUCUUGAUACGACUGUUAUGAAGAUACAACAUUCUUCAACAAUACCACAAGCGAUUACAACUCUGACUUGGAGAGAUGGACUCCUGUUUAUUGGAGGAGAGGAUUCACUGUAUCUAUCAUCUAUCGCAGAAAACGGUAUUGAUAUUAUGAACAGUUACAAAUGCAAUGGAUUUGUUAAUGCAGUCUGUCUUAAUGACAAUCAUAUUGUAGUAGGUGUUGGAAAGGAGCCAAGGCUUGGGAGGUGGAAAGUAAAGAAGGAUGGAGAGCACAAACUCAUUAUCCUAAGAAUGGGGUGA